UUUUCUUUUCUGGGUAGCUGAUAAUUAAGGUUGAAGAAGGAGAAGAAAAUGGUGAGCAAGAGUGUAAACGUGGGCGAAGUCCGGCGAGCACAGCGAGCAGAGGGGCCGGCCACCGUGCUGGCGAUCGGCACUACUACUCCUCCCAACUGCUUGGACCAAAGCACUUACCCGGAUUACUAUUUCCGUAUUACAAAUAGCGAGCACCGGACUGAUCUCAAAGAAAAAUUCCAGCGCAUGUGUGAUAAAUCGAUGAUCAAGAAGCGUUACAUGUACUUAACGGAGGAGAUGCUGAAAGAAAACCCUAACAUCUGUGCUUACAUGGCACCUUCCUUAGACGCUAGACAAGACAUGGUGGUGGUAGAGGUACCUAAACUGGGCAAAGAAGCUGCAAAAAAGGCCAUUAAAGAAUGGGGACAACCCAAAUCCAAGAUCACUCACUUGAUCUUCUGCACCACUAGUGGCGUCGACAUGCCCGGAGCCGACUACCAGUUGACCAAACUUUUAGGCCUCCGUCCUUCCGUCAACCGCCUCAUGAUGUACCAGCAAGGCUGCUACGGCGGAGGCACCGUACUCCGGCUCGCCAAGGACCUGGCCGAGAACAACAAAGGCGCUCGAGUCCUCGUCGUCUGCUCAGAGAUUACAGCAAUGACCUUCCGCGGACCUAACGACACCCACCUCGAUAGCCUUGUAGGUCAAGCUUUGUUUGGAGAUGGAGCGGCUGCAAUUAUCGUGGGUUCAGAUCCUCUCGAAGUGGAGAACCCAUUGUUUGAAUUAGUCUCUGCGGCGCAAACCAUUUUGCCAGAUAGCGAUGGGGCGAUCGACGGGCAUGUUCGAGAAGUUGGUUUAACAUUUCACCUUCUAAAGGAUGUUCCCACACUGAUCUCAAAAAACAUUGAGAAGAACCUGGUUGAGGCACUCGAGCCAUUGGGUAUCACGGAUUGGAAUUCGAUUUUCUGGGUCGCUCAUCCUGGCGGGCCUGCAAUUUUGGAUCAGAUAGAGGUUAAGCUCGGGUUGAAGCCAGAAAAAUUGCGGGCGACGAGGCAUGUUUUGGCGGAGUACGGGAAUAUGUCAAGUGCUUGUGUGCUGUUUAUUUUGGAUGAGAUGAGAAGAAAAUCUAGAGAGGAAAAGUUGAAGACAAGUGGAGAAGGAUUGGAGUGGGGGGUAUUGUUUGGGUUUGGGCCUGGACUCACUGUUGAGACUGUGGUGCUUCAUUGUGUGGCGAAUUGAGUUAGUUUCCUGUUUGGUUGGUUGAUUUUGUGCUGUUUGUUUUUUCACUUUCCUGUUUAGGAAAUGUUUGUGUUCAAGGAGAUUGAAAUGUGCAAUAAGGAGGCGCUAGUAUGAUGAUGAAGAAUCCCCUAGAAAGGAUGGAAUCAAUACUAGCGUAGUGAAUAAUUGUUUUUGAUGGAAAACUUAAUAUGUUGGACAAUGAAAUAAAAACGUAAAGAUGAA